GCAAUACUAUUAUCAAGUCGCAUUAUGCUCUCCAUCUCUCACAUUGAGGAACCCAGCGCCAAGAGCUCCCGCCGUUCGCCAUUAAAGAACAUGGCACAGAAGAUGAAGAGGGGAGUUCAGCGGAUACGGCGCUGGGGUUCGUCUUCGGCUCACGUAAUCCCUAGUCCCAGUAUGUCGACGUCCCCGAAACCAAACAUUGCCACUCUUCCUUUAAACUCCACCCUUCCCGAAUACGCUGAAUCUCUCCAUUCCUUCCCUUACUCCAACGCAAAGGUAUACGGUAGCGAUUCACUCGGGUGUCUGAAUAUCGGGGCUAUCGACCGGGUCAGUCAUCAUUCCUAUACUACAAUUUCCUCGUUGUCGGGCAUGUCGAGCGAUGUAGUUCAGUCGCAGACGACUGAAGGUGAGAGCAAAGGACGGCAUGAUGCGCCAGCAGCACCUCUGAUUGAGGAGGUUCCUGUUGAUGCUACAGUUGAUGAAUAUGACGAGCAGAAGGAAGGGAGGAAUCAGGGUAACGUUGAGACUGCUGAGAAGCAAUCAGAUGAGAACCUCAAGACUGCCGACGAAGUUGGAUCAUCGUCUUCUCUGUUCACAUCGGUGUACAACCACCCGGACGUUCCGGACCCUUUUCUCAUCGACGAUGACGAUGACAAGAGCGAUAGCGGCCGCGUCUCCGACGACCCAUCGCCGCAGCUCUCUAGCUCGCGGCAAAGUAUGGCACCCGCUGAGGAAAUCCCUCUUGCCGCUUCACUGGCUUCGCCUUCCUUGAACAUUCACAAGGACGUGCCACCGCCCCCGCCUGCAGAAGUAGACACCGACGCAGAUGAAGAGGAAGCACCGGACUUGUAUCUACCGGGACUCGUGCUACCUACGAUGUUCCUACCCAUCCCGAAUACUGAUCCUUUGACUACUCUUCUCACCAAAUAUAUUUAUCCACCUGAUAAGCGCCCCUUUCGAGAUUCGACUGGCGAGUGGCAGCACGCCAAUUUCCAUACCCUCGUCAUGACCAACAGCUGGAGGGCGCUUGCGAGAAUGGCUCGCGAUAGACUCGUUACCUCAGACCCAGAAGACUUGACCUCGAUUUUGGGUCUUUGGUAUUUACGUUUGGCGUGUCUAGCUCGUCUCCGCCUUUUCAACCAAACGUCAGCGGAGUGUACCAAUCUAUUUUCCGUCUUGAACGGCAUUGCGCCACCUUCAGCACGGGAAUGGGUCUUUGAGCGAAUUCUUCCAUUCGAGCUAGAAGUCAUGCAUGCACGUCUAAAAUACUGGGCGGGCGAUCAUAUUGGGUAUCUCGAUGUGUUGGGCUCGCUCCUCAGCACAUGCCGGUCAAAAUCACGCACGUCGAAGAACGACCCAACGUCCGUGACGAUGUGGAAAGAGCGUGGAGCGAGAUUGGCCUUAAUUAUGGCGUCCCAAUUGAUGGAAAUGAAUGGCUUUGGUGCGGCGACGAAGCUGCUGGAUCCCCUGUGUGAUCAGAACACCACGGCGUCUUCUGCCCUCCGUUCCACUAUUGCCAGGAUUUAUUUGCAGGCGGGACAAAUUGAUAUGGCUACAAAGCAUUUUGCUAUCGUUGCAAUGGACCCGUCUGUAGACCCAUCAGCGAAGGACAUGAAUGCGGCUUUGUUGGCGUCAGCGCAUGGUCAGUGGGAGCGAGCCAGCGAACUAUUAAGAAGGAUUUUGGAAAAGGACGCCGAGGAUUACGCAGUGGUGAAUAAUUUGGCGGUUACGCUUUUGGGACGAGGAAAGCUCAAAGAGGGUAUCGAGAUGCUGGAAAAGGCUUUGAAGACAUCUCCAUCGAGUGUUGUGGUUGCAGAACCUUUUCUUUUUAACCUAUCUACACUGUACGAGCUGCGGUCUGCUACUGGAGCGGAUAAAAAAAGAGACCUCCUUGUUGAAGUUGCACAGUGGAGUGGAGAUGGACUUAGGACGACAUGUUUGAAGAUGCCUACGAAUUAACUGCUCUUUCUUAUCCAGAAUUUUCGAGCUGCCUGAUACAACGAGCAGCGGCCUGUGUUGCUUCUACGAGACAGUUAAAUUGGUGAUCGAGCUGUGAGUUCGGCACUGUGAAUGCUUCCAGCAAUGAUACUCGGAUGAAAAUAUUACUCACAGCAUCUUAAAUAUCUAGGUAGAUAACCAUUACGGCGUUGCCAGAUCCAUUCUAUUCCCUGACUUUGACAGCUCCAUUCGAUGCCUAAUUUACCGUAUGUUUUCAAGUGGUUACCUAUAUCGAGUAAGUGUGCGCGCAACC